UCCGGAGGGGAGGCAGUGGGCAAGGAAUCCUAGCUUUGGGCGCCAGCUGAGCUUUUCCUAAACUCGUUCCCUGAUGACAAGGCUCCGACAUCACUGUGACAAACGAUGACAAAGUCCCUUCCUGCCGGCCUCCUCCGAGCCUCGGGCCGGCAGGAGACAUCUGGAAAAAGCCACUUUUGAGCACAGGAUCCUUUUCUCAGGAAGCACCUUGAAGGCGGAGGGUCCUUCGGAACCUCCGCGUGGGCUGUUUACACAGCCAUUCACAAAGGCUCUGCCGGGCACCCCCCACCUCCCGGCCACUCGGACUGGCAGACAAUUGAACCUGCAGAGAAGGGAGGUGCCUUGCUCAACCUGCCCGCGGGAGGCAGUGUGGCUUGGGGUUCAAGGGAUCUGGGUUGAGGGGGCCCUACUUCACCAUUUCCUCCCGCGUAGCCUCAGGUCUCCAGCUGGCCGGGAGAGGGGCUGUCCACAAGGCGUGCCUGCCCAGUUCUUGGACAGAACAUCUGCAGCUCACUCCACGGGCCCAGGAGCCAGGCCUCAGGGAGAGACCGGCCAUGGGCCCCCCACAGCCUCAGCAUUUUGGGGCCGCACCUUAGGAAAACAGGGGCAGCCUCCGUCCCCCCCUGACACCGAGAAGGAGGGAACUGCCACGGACCCACCGCCCGUCCCAGGCCCCAGCUGGGCAUGGACCAGCACCUGUGACCUGCCAGAGCUGAUGCCGGGCCCCCAGGGGGCCGGAGGAGCGCCCACCAUGAGCCUGGGCAAGCUCUCGCCCGUGGGCUGGGUGUCCAGCUCGCACGGGAAGAGGCGGCUGACUGCAGACAUGAUCAGCCCGCCACUCGGGGACUUCCGGCACACCAUGCACGUGGGCCGAGGCGGGGACGUCUUUGGCGACACCUCCUUCCUCAGCAACCACGGGGGCAGCUCCGGGGGCACCCACCGUUCACCCCGCAGCUUCCUGGCCAAGAAGCUACAGCAGGUGCGCAGAGUCGGGGUGCUGCCCCGGCGGAUAGCUUCUCCGCCGUCAGCCUCGCCUGCUCCGCCCGCCGUCUCCCCCAUCAUCAAGAACGCCAUCUCCCUGCCCCAGCUCAACCAGGCCGCCUACGACAGCCUCGUGGUGAGCAAGCUCAGCUUCAACAGCAGCCCUGCCAGCUCCGCGGACGGCCACUCCAGUUAUGGUCUGGACUCUGGGUUCUGCACUAUCUCCCGCGUGGCUCGCCCGGAAAAGCCUCGUGACCGAGACCAUGACAGUGCCUUCCCCUCUGAACCUGAGCUUCGCCGCUCUGACUCCCUCCAGUCCUUCCGCCUGGACCUCGACCUUGGGCCGUCUCUCCUCAGUGAGCUGCUGGGGGUCAUGAGCCUCUCAGAAGGCUCUGCAGCUGAGACUCCAGCCCCAGCCCCUGCUGCAAGCCCCCCAGCCGCUGCUGCAACCCCCCCAGCCGCUGCUGCAACCCCCCCAGCCGCUGCUGCAACCCCCCCAGCCGCUGCUGCAACCCCCCCAGCCGCUGCCUCAAGCCCUCCACCCCGUGGACGCUGCCCCAAUGGGGUAACUGCUGGGUUUGGCCCAGUGGCUGAGGCGAGGGCCAGCCCCCUGGGAGAGUGUCCCCGUGCACCUGCUGACAUGGCCCCUGGCAGGCACUGGGGAGCCGGCUGGAGUGGCAGCCGGGGCAGCCGCCACUACACUGAGAUGGAUGCUCGGCAGGAGCUGGUGAAGGUGCUGCCCCAGGGCCGGGCCUCUUGGGAGAGCCUGGAUGAGGAGUGGGGGGCACCCCAGGCAGGCAGUCGGGCCCCUGUGCCCAGCACGGUGCAAGCAAACACCUUCGCGUUCGCCGAUGCCGAGGAGGACGACGAGGUCAAGGUGUGAGCAGCUGAGCGUGCGCUCAGGACCCCGCCCAGCCUCAGACCACUCACUGCCCAGGAAGAGCCCAGGCGCAGAGCUCGCCCUCGCCUGACACCUGGGUCCUGCUGAUGAUGGACGGAGAACCUAAGUUGCCCCAAACCCUCCACGCCUCUGCUGGACAGACAUGGGAGGAAGGCCAGGCCUGUUCUGGGACCUGGGUGUUCCGAGGGCCCUGCCGGGCUGACCUGCUUCCCCCACCACCACCACCCCCCACCCCCCGCUGCCACUCCGGACCCGGUGGCCAUGCCUCCGGCCCCGCCCCCACUGGCUGGAGGGCCAGCCUCACAGUGCGGCCUUUGUGCUGGGGAAGCUGUCCUUGCUGGGUGGGGGGUAGGGAGCAUACCACACAGGGCCUCUGUCUCCUCCCAAAGGGACCGCCUGCCCCGGCUCAUCCUGGAGCUUCCCCAACAUGCCCACCCCAAACCCCACUUGUCCCUGAAGCCUCGAGGUAAAAUCAGGUGUGACCCCACCUUCUUGUGCACCCCAGACCUGCCUCCAGGUCCUGAUUAAAAAGCUUUUUGUUA